CCUUGGCUAAGUGAACUGCCACGUCAUUACGUGUUUCCGGGCGAGCCAGUGGAUAGCGAGCGUGACAUCGACCAUGAACUUGAUGACAACGACGAACAUGCAAUUGCAUUAGCUGAUCAAGAGGCCUGCCUGUAUGACGACCCCAUCGAAGACAAUGAUGGAAGUUCCAUAGAUGCGUUGGCAGAGGUGGAAUUUCCUGAUUUCUCGGAGAUUCCUGUUGAAUCAUGGCCCUUGCCCCCCAAGCACGCCAUUGCAAACCACUUCUUCGUUGGUGAGCUGCCCGACGAACUCUUCAAGGCCACAUGGGCUGAGAUGCUAAUGUGUUCCCUGGUGAGUGUUGCGGCUCAGACACGCAUCAUCCGUGGAGGCGAGCACCGAAUGAUCCGUUCCCACUUGAUCCUGUUCGACGCGGUCCCCGGUCCUCCUUCUACGUUGUUGCCCUUGAAGCUGAACCGAGACGGAAUGUACCGUGAUGUGCUUGCUGGGCCCUUUACGAAAGACCCGCUUGUCAAAGUGAAGGAGUAUCAUUUGGUCCGGCAAGCCAUGAUCAUGGAUGUCUUGCAGUUCUACAAGUCCUACAAUCGGUUUUAUGCCGACGUGUCCAUCGACGGGGAUCUCAUUGCAUCCUUGCCAGCGGAAGAUGUACUUGACGGCAUCAUUCAAGCGCUGGGGAUAACGAACAAGCAACUGUGA